GUUUCGCGUGGGAAUCGCAUUUCUUCCUGUUGUCCUUCCGUUUGAAAAUAAUGGAGUGAUCGUCGGGAGUGUCGUACAAAGUAUCGCGAUUGUGCAUUCUAGUUAUUACAAGAAAUCUUGCACAAAUGUCACAAAGGAGCAACGAUAAGGCAACAUUUAAAGGGACGAAGAGGAGAAGACCUAGGAAGGAGCCUCAGGCAUUGGCAGAGCAACCCAUGAAUUCAUGCAGUUUCAACUUCAUUGUUGCGCAUCAGUGUUGUCUGCCAUAUUUAAUUUUCAGAGUCUGCUGACUGUAAUAUUGUUGCUGAUAUGCACCUGUACAUACAUCAGAUCACUGGCACCAAAUUUAUUUGACAAACGGCUAGGAAAAGUUGGUUUUCAGGGUACUUUUUGGAAAUGUGCUAGGAUUGGUGAGAGAAAAAGCCCAUAUGUGGCUUUCUGUUGCGUUUGUAUGGCCUUUAGUAUUUUAUUUUGGUCGUAACAUUCCUACAUGGAUUAUUUGAAUCAAUGCAUUUUUGGUGUGUAUUCCAAAAUUAUAUUCUUAAUAUAUUUAUUGUAUCUAAGGUCCGAGAUGUAAGAAAAUAAAAAGCAAUUUUGAUAUCCAUUUAUCGACAAACAGCUA